GUGGCAAGAAAAUCGGAGUGUGCCAGAAAAAAAAGUAAAAAUUGUUCUUUCAUGAAGUUGCGUCACCCACAUGUUCUGUUUGAAGUGAAUUGAAGUCAAAAAAUAAAUUAAUAGUUGUUUUUACUGAAAUAAAAAUGUUGUGCGCGACGCGGGCUUUCGGCCGAAAGGCGUUGGAGUGUUCCGGCAUCGGAACCGAGUAUUACACACAAAGGAAUUUCUCGACAAUCCUCAAAAACACUGCUGCGCCAACAGUACCCAUCUACCAACGGCAUGCGCUUCAAUACAGGAAUAAGUCCGAUGGAGUCCGAGGUGCGGUCAUUGGUAUCGAUUUGGGUACCACGAACUCGUGUGUCGCCGUCAUGGAGGGAAAGACGCCGAAGGUGGUGGAAAACAGCGAAGGAUCCCGCACCACGCCUUCCCACGUGGCAUUCACCAAAGACGGCGAGCGACUAGUAGGCACACCAGCCAAGCGACAGGCGGUGACCAACAGUGGGAAUACGUUCUACGCGACCAAACGACUUAUUGGCAGACGGUUUGACGACCCAGAAGUGCAGAAGGAUAUGAAGAAUCUAUCGUACAAGGUCGUCAGGGCGUCGAAUGGAGACGCUUGGGUGCAAGGCAGCGACGGCAAAGUCUACUCCCCGAGCCAGAUCGGAGCCUUCGUUCUGAUCAAGAUGAAGGAGACAGCCGAAGCUUAUCUGAACACCACCGUGAAGAAUGCCGUCAUUACUGUACCUGCUUACUUCAAUGACUCCCAGAGACAGGCCACUAAGGAUGCUGGUCAAAUCUCCGGUUUGAACGUGCUCCGCGUCAUCAACGAGCCCACCGCCGCCGCUCUCGCCUACGGAAUGGACAAGACUGACGACAAAAUCAUAGCCGUUUACGACUUGGGAGGCGGUACCUUCGAUAUUUCGGUUCUGGAGAUUCAAAAGGGCGUGUUCGAAGUCAAAUCCACGAAUGGAGACACACUGCUGGGUGGUGAAGAUUUCGACAAUGUUAUCGUGAACUUUUUGGUCGACGAGUUCAAGAGAGAUCAAGGCUUGGACAUCCGCAAGGAUGCGAUGGCCAUGCAGCGACUCAAGGAAGCGGCUGAGAAGGCCAAGAUUGAACUCUCAGGCUCCCUGCAGACCGAUAUCAACCUGCCCUACCUGACUAUGGACGCUUCGGGACCUAAGCAUAUGAACCUCAAGAUGACCCGCUCCAAACUGGAAUCUCUAGUAGGGGACCUCAUCAAGCGCACAGUGGCGCCGUGCCAGCGCGCACUGCAAGACGCCGAGGUGCAGAGGACUGACAUCGGAGAAGUGCUGCUGGUCGGUGGCAUGACUAGGAUGCCCAAGGUCCAAUCGACAGUCCAAGAGAUCUUCGGCCGCGCGCCAUCUCGCGCGGUCAACCCUGACGAAGCGGUUGCCGUCGGCGCCGCCGUCCAAGGCGGAGUACUAGCCGGUGACGUCACGGACAUCUUGCUGCUGGACGUGACGCCGCUGUCGCUCGGCAUCGAGACCCUGGGCGGAGUGUUCACGAAGCUGAUCACCAGGAACACCACCAUCCCCACCAAGAAGAGCCAGGUCUUCUCUACCGCCGCCGACGGCCAGACCCAAGUCGAAAUCAAAGUGCACCAAGGCGAGCGCGAGAUGGCGCUAGACAACAAGCUGCUCGGCCAGUUCUCUCUGGUGGGAAUCCCGCCCGCGCCCCGAGGAGUGCCCCAGAUUGAGGUCACGUUCGACAUUGAUGCCAACGGAAUCGUACAUGUAUCGGCGAGAGACAAGGGCACCGGCAAGGAGCAACAGAUCGUGAUCCAAUCAUCGGGCGGUCUAUCCAAGGACGAAAUCGAGAACAUGGUGAAGGCCGCGGAGCAGUUCGCAGCGGCUGACAAGAGCCGCCGCGAGCGCGUGGAAGCCGCCAACCAGGCCGAGGGCGUGCUGCACGACACCGAGACCAAGAUGGACGAGUACAAGAGCCAGCUGCCGCAGGAGGAGUGCGACAAACUGCGCGUAGAAAUCGCGGCGCUGCGCGAGCUUCUAGCCAAGAAGGACACCGCCGACCCCGAAGAGAUCAGAACCGCCACCGGCCAGCUGCAGCAGGCUAGUUUGAAGCUGUUCGAGCAGGCGUACAAGAAGAUGGCCGCUGAGCGCGAGGGUCAGGGCCAACAGCAACAGACUGAACAGAAGGAACAGGAGAAGAAAGAAGAUAAGAACUAAGCGGAACACGCUGUGCGGUCGAGUGUCGAAUGUCGCUGGGAUAGUUGUAACUGAGUACCAGUGAGUUUUGUAACUGAUUACACUUUGUAGCAACUGAUUACAUUUUUGUAGCAACUAAUAACAUUUUUGUAGCAACUAAUAACAUUUUGUAAAAAUUAAUUACAUUCUGUUUUCGUUUUACACUUUGUAGCAACUGAUUACACUUUGUAGCAACUGAUUACAUUUUGUAAAAACUAGUUACCUUUUGUAGUAACUAAUUACACUCUGUUUUCGUUUAUUCAGCAGCUGUCAUGUUGUUUUAGGGCUGAUUUUUCAAUCGUCGGAUAACUUUUAUUUAAAGAAUAAGUUUGGCACAUUGACAGUUUCAAUAUGGAAAAUAUGUCAAAACGACAAGUUUAUUCUCCAGUUAAAAGUUAUCUGACGCUUGAAAAAUCAGCCCUUAACUGAAGAAUAAGUUAGGCACAUUUGACAGUUUCAGUAUUGAAAAUAUGUCAAAAUGACAAGUUUAUUCUUCAGUUAAAAGUUAUCUGACGAUUGAACAAUCGGCCCUUGGUGAGUUUUGAAUGUGUAAGUUAUGCUACAGGGCAUUUAAUGAAUUCGCCGAAACUAAUUUUACACUUUGGUGGCAUUUCAUUACAUUGUGUUUCUUCUAGUAUUAUUUGCGGUGGCCAGAGAGUUGUCUACUAAAGUUGUGUAUUAUUUAGUUUUAUUAAAGUUGUGUAUUAUGUACUGCAUUGUAAUCAGUACAUAUUGGUACAUAGUUACAACUAUUUCCAAUAUUACCCUUGAAUAAAGACGAAACCAUCUCGAUUAGGAAUUAACCAAAUGUACUAAACGAACAAUUGGUAUUACAGAUACAGAAACAUAUUAAAACUAUUUAAUAGUUUUCUUUAAAGUGAAUAUCCUAAAAAUGAUAGUAAAAUUAAUAUAUUAUUGACAUUAUAAUUUUUAUGUAAAUACACGUCCGGAGCGGCAAUUUUUUGUGUAUUUGUAAUAUCGAGUGUUUAAUAUUAUAGUAGUUUCUUAAAUAUGAGUCCUAUUGGUUGUAAUUAAAAACUUUGCCUUUUUAAACAAGAACAGUUACGUCAUAAUAAUUUUAGACCGCAUCGUCUAUGGUAUAUACGAUAAUAUCGACUGGGACUUCAAAGUAACUGAUUACAUUGUGUUUGGAUAUAUUUUAAUUUGAUUACAUCUCGUUUUCAUUUAUUUUUAAAACUAAUUACGUUUUAUUUUUAUUCCUCAAACGUAGAAUAGAUGGCACAAUAAAUUGAGAAAAUUUUCGUAUAACCAUCUGAGAGUAUCACAAACUUGAAUGUAGUGAAAAUUGUUAUAUAGUGGUAAAGGACUGCAAAACAAUCUGAAAUGUAUUGCACCGUAUUUAUUUAAUGGCAAAGUUACUAAACCGAUUAUGAUGAAGUGUUCUUAUAAUACUUGUUGUCAUAUUUCAUCUCAGAUUCGAUCUUUGUAGGUUUUAAAUUUGCGAUGCAAUAGAUUUCAGAUUUUAUAAUUUUAUUAAUAAGCGUUUUGGCAGUUCCAAUAUUUUUGUUGUAUAAAAUUUUGGAACUGCCAACUUUAACAUAGGCUGUUAUACGUGUACAUUCAGUGUAUUAUUAUAUAUUUCUUUUUGUAUAUGGCAAUAUUAGAACCGCGAUUUCGUUUGACAAAUUCUUGCAAUGCUGCAGUCAAUUCCGCCUAUUUCAAACAAAUAUCUGUUUAAUUUCUACUACACUAAGAUCUAUAUUGUAGUACACCUCAAGUAUCCAUCUACACUCAACGCUUGAGUUUUCUACGAGACUUAGUUUGCACGCAAAAAUAAACCUUAACGCAUAAGUCAAAUAAAACCUAAAUCAAUUGAAACACAUCUGUCUCUUUCCUAUUCUUUCACAGUGACAAAGACGCAUAGAAUUUUCAAACGAAAUCGCCCACGUACCAGAAAGCGUUUCAUAGACGCGGGAGAGAAAUAGCUUUACUAUGCAUUUAUGUUAAGGCGGAACGCGUUUUGGUACGGUCCAUAGACAAGGCAACAUAGCAGAGACGAGGGUGGACCAUAGACUAGUUGUGAAAAGUUUUCUCUGUGUAAAAAGCAAAUAAAGUAUGGCUACGUAACAUACACUCGCAUCCACAAACAUUACUAUGAGGUCUCACAGUGCGCGUGGACGCACCCAAAAACCUAUUCAUAGAUAAUACUUGAGUGGCGGAGUGACACAAACCAAUCAUAGAGCUGUGCGUUCGACUUCGUAUAGCGUUGCUGCUUCACAAGAAAGCAUCGUUUGUGAAUACGGGUGAUAUUUUUUUAAGUAUGAUUAAUUUCGUUGCGGGUUCAAUGAUAUUUUAACUUUCCCCCGGGACAAACUUGACCUUCACUUUGUGGGUUUUUAUUGGCGGUCAAGCUGUAGAUCCUGGCUACACAGGUUUGCAGCGGUGGGAAGGAGAGGUGGGAAUAGUCCCGUUAUUUAUCUAUGUAUUUAAAUAAAUGAUAUCCAUCCUCAUUUCUACUCUGUUGUAUUGUUUUUAGAUGCUAAAUUCUGUUUUUUUUUGUUGAGUUUUAGGCGAAUCCUGAUGAUACGCUAUGUGUAGUGUGUGUGUAGACGUGGCGGUGUGUAUAUUCCAUUUUGUAUACGUGCAAGAAUACAAUCCAAAGUGUAUUCUUAGUGCAAGAAUACGGUUCGAAGUGUAUUCUAGAUUUUAUUUGUAUUCUAGUGAAUUGAUCGAGUGUUUUGUGAUCGGCAAUCGAUGAAUGUUUUGUAAUUUAAUUUAUAUUCAUACAAAUUACAAAAGAGUUCAUGCAAAAUAUUGUAAGUAAGUGUUUGUAUUGGCGACUUAGAAUAAAAUUUUCUAUUCAGUAUUCCUAAAUUCCAUUCUAUAGACAUUUGGUUUAAUUUAAAACACUCGGUUAAUUCAUUAAUUUAAAUUAAAAAAUACUAUACAUGUCCAGUCUUGUCAUAAAAUACGAUAUUGUAAGCACUUUGACUUCGUAUAAUAGACUUACACUUUCCCAAUAUCAAAAUUGGGCAGCCUUAGGCAUAAUGCAUUCUUUAUAAUUCUUAUGCAUUAUUAUUGAUCUUUAAAGUCGAACAUAGAACCACCUCCUUUUUUGAAGUCGGUUAAAAAAUAGCUCACUGUUGCUCGCGAGUUAAUUGUUGAGCUAGAAAAGUAUUUCCUUUUAUACGAAAUCACAGUGUAGGUAGUCAAAAAUCCCAACUACUGUUUAUGUAAAGAUAUUUUUUUUCGGUGUUGUAAUAAUUUUGUAGUAUACAAAACGAAAUAUACACACAACCGAGUUGAGUGGCUGGCGUCAUUGUAAAUUAGAAUAGUGAAUUAUAUUAUUUCGAUGAA